CAUUCCUCCACUCAGACUGAAUAGUAAAAAGAGUAGUCAUGUUUCUCAUAGCAGUGGCCACCCUUCUCUUUGCCGUGUUCUUGUUCCGGCUUCUUUUCUCUAGAACAUCCAAGCGCCACUCGCUUCCUCUCCCUCCUGGCCCCAAACCAUGGCCCCUGGUCGGGAACUUGCCCCAGUUGGGCCCUUUCCCGCACCACUCCCUGGCGGAGUUGGCGCUGAAAUACGGGCCGCUCAUGCACCUCCGCCUCGGCUACGUUGACGUAGUGGUGGCGGCAUCGGCAUCCGUAGCAGCCGAGUUCUUGAAGACUCACGACGCCAAUUUCUCCAGCCGGCCUCCCAACUCCGGCGCCAAGCACCUCGCCUAUAACUACCAGGACCUCGUCUUCGCGCCGUACGGUCCGCGGUGGCGCAUGUUCCGGAAGAUCAGCUCCGUCCAUCUGUUCUCCGGCAAGGCCUUGGAUGAUCUGAAACACGUCCGGCAGGAAGAGAUAGCUGUGCUAGCACAUGCCUUGGCAAAUGCAGGGUCAAAGGUAGUGAACCUGGCGCAACUGCUGAACCUGUGCACGGUCAACGCCCUAGGGCGGGUGAUGGUAGGGCGGAGGGUUUUCGGCGACGGCAACGGUGGCGACGAUCCGAAGGCGGACGAGUUCAAAUCAAUGGUGGUGGAGAUGAUGGUGUUGGCAGGAGUGUUCAACAUAGGUGACUUCAUUCCCUCCCUUGAGUGGCUUGACUUGCAAGGAGUAGCGUCCAAGAUGAAGAAGCUCCACAAGAGAUUUGAUGACUUCUUGACGGCCAUUGUCGAGGACCACAAGAAGAGCACGGGCAAGGCGGCGCACGUCGACAUGUUGACCACUCUGCUCUCGCUCCAGGAAAACGCCGACGGCGAAGGAGCCAAGCUCACCGAUACGGAGAUUAAGGCUUUGCUUCUGAACAUGUUCACCGCCGGCACAGAUACGUCAUCAAGUACGGUGGAAUGGGCUAUGGCUGAACUCAUUAGGCACCCUCAAAUGCUGGCGCGAGUCCAAAAAGAGCUUGACGAUUUUGUUGGCCAAGACCGUCUAGUGACGGAAUCGGACCUACCCAACCUCACCUACCUCCAAGCAGUGGUGAAGGAAACUUUUCGGCUCCACCCAUCCACUCCUCUCUCGUUGCCGCGUAUGGCAGCCGAGAGUUGCGAGAUCAACGGCUACCACAUCCCGAAAGGCUCCACACUGUUGGUUAAUGUAUGGGCCAUAUCGCGCGACCCGUCUGAAUGGGCUGAUCCGUUGGAGUUUAGGCCCGAAAGGUUCCUACCGGGCGGCGAAAAGCCUAAUGUUGAUAUUAGGGGAAAUGAUUUUGAAGUUAUACCAUUUGGUGCUGGGCGAAGAAUAUGUGCCGGGAUGAGCUUGGGCCUGCGAAUGGUCCAUUUGAUGACAGCAACAUUGGUCCAUGCAUUUGAUUGGACCUUGGCUGAUGGGCUGACCGCUGAGAAGUUGAAUAUGGAUGAAGCAUACGGGCUCACUCUACAACGAGCUGCACCGUUAAUGGUGCACCCGCGCACCAGGCUUGAUCCACAAGCAUAUAAAACUUCAUCAUCUUAAAUUUCGAGCUAUGUUUCUGGGGUGCUCUGUUUCUGUUUAC